UUUUUCUUUCCUAUAAUUAUAAAAUGUCUCGCGGAGGAAGAGGUGGAGGUUUUGGUGGUGGCAGAGGUGGUGGCCAGCAAGGUGCCAUGCAACUUGUCUCAUUUGAUUUAAUGAAAGAUCUGGGUUCUGGCAAUUUGUUUAAUGUGAACACCGCCUUAUUUCCUGAAAUGGAUGUGCCUAUUCCACGUAAACCAACCUCGAACGAAAUUCAAGAAUGGAAAUUGAGAAAAGAAUAUUUAAACAUGAUUAAGGACUCGCCGUUUCAUUUAACAGCUCCUCCUCCACCACCCGAUAUCGAAAGAUACUCUGAUAAAUAUAAAGUAGUUGCUCCCAAACGUAGUUUACGAGAAAUAGAAACCAACUUGGAUUUCUUUCCCGAUGAAUUACAGGUUCUCUUGGAUCCCAAGAGAAGAAAGAAGAAGCAAAAGGUGAAUACAGCUCAAGACGAAUAUGGACAGAUUGAAGCACUACUUAAUGCCGAAGGAAAGGAUGGUGAUGAAGAUGAAGAAGGAGAGGAUGGUGAAAAGAAGGACGAUGAAGAUGCUGAAAAUGAUGAUGAAUAUGAAGACGAAGAAGAAUUAGUCGAUGAUAAUGAUUAUGGUCAAAAUUACUUUGAUAAUGGUGAAGGCGACGAUGUUGAUGACGAUGAUGGUGAAGAUACUUACUCAUAAUAAUAAUACUAUAAAAAACACACAUAUACAUACACAUUUACUUUUAA